CGUACGGCAUGGGUGCCUGAUACCAACACAUCACCGCCACUCCCCCUUUUCGUUGACCACCAACCCACCCACCAACCCCUUUAUUCAUUCACCCAUUGGAUAUUACUUGAUUUGGGGAUCCGGAAAACAAGUCUCCCUACGCUUUUUUUUUUUUUACUCGUUUUUUUUUUUUAUUUCUUAUUUUGUUCCUUAUUAAAAAAGGGUGUUGACCGCUUAUUUCAUUCAUUCGAUGCCAAACACUCUUCUAAGGGGGUCUCCCUUCCUGGUAGAAAUAGCAGCUAAAUCACCCUCGUAUAUUCCGCAAAGUACAUUUUAUCAUCUAUUUGAAAAUUAACUCUGGAUAUUAUAAUCUUAGUAGAAAAUUCCUGAACAAAUACUAACAGCUAAAAGUCGUGUUGGUCAUGGCUGGAAGGCAUUAAAAAAGUCUGUCCAGUGUAGCCAUAUAAGAAUAUGAACAACGACAUCAGCAUCAACAACAGCGUCAUCAACAAGAUCUGCAGCAAGCACAACAACAACAACAAUCACCACCACCACCAACAACAACAGCAGCAUCAUCAUCAACAACAUUGACAACGGUAACAACAACAGCUGCAACAACAAUAUUAGGUACAGCAGCAACAGCAGCAGCAGCAGCAGAAGUGACAACGACAUCAACAACAACAACAGCGCUAGUAGCAACGACAACAACAAAAAUACAAAAACUGGAAUUCCAAGUCCAUUUCUAAUUUCGGUAAAUUCUACAACAUUUGUAGAAUCGGAUAAUUCGUGGUACACCCCACACCACCCUUACAACACCCGCCGUGACUUCACACCACAUCACGUCACUCGACACUUCACCGGACCAACAUCACGUCACGCUGCGGCACACUACGGCACAUCCGCCUCAGUCACAUCCACCGAGGACUUGUCAUUCGGAUUGACUCAAAGGAAUUUCCAGGAGCUACCCUGAAUGUUUACUUUGCAAUUAAGCGUACCCUUGUAGCAGUAAACCGGAUAUGCAGAUCAGUUCCGGUUAUGGAACCUCCGGUAUCAUUGGCGUAACUUCCAUCGACGAGAACGACAGCAAUAUCAAUAAUAAUAAUAAUAAUAAUAAUAAUAACAUCAACGGUGCAAUUAAUAGUAACAACAACGACAAGAGGAACAACAACAACAAUAAUAAUAAUAGUUCUACGAUGCCGUCUGCAGAGGCGCCCCUGAGUAAUAAUGACAAUGAACCGGACGUUGCUUCUGGAAGCGGCACACUAACACCAACAGAAUGGUUGUGGAGUACUUCGAACUGCCUUCACACGCGCCUGGAUAACCAGCUUCCGAGUCAUCAUGAUCAUCAUCAUCAUCAUCCUCAUCACCAGCAGCAACAACAACAGCAGCAGCAGCAAGCCCACACGCAGCAAACGCAGCAUCACUUACAUCCAACUCUACUCAAUGCUUCUCCUCACCCUUCUGCUCCUCCUCCUCCCCCUCCGGCACAUCCUGUUACCCUUACUCAUAAUCAUCAUCAUAAUCAUCAUCAUCAUCAUCAACAGCAACAACAGCAACAGCAGCAACAGCCUCAGCACCAGGAAAUGACGAGUGGCUCCAUUCUGUAUCCAGUGUCCACUGCUACCUUCCACGCCCAGGCUGGAGUCUAUGGUCAACAGAAACAACAGCAGCAGCAUCAGUCACACCAGGGACAAGAUCAGCAACAGCAUAACCGCCACCACAACCCACAACACCAACAACAACAACAACACACUGAAGAUCAACAACAACAACAACAACCCCCGUUACUUACGUCUUCUGAACAUCACCAGCAACAACAACAGCAACAUAGCAUUCACCUUCACCAUCAGAUGCAGCAACAGCAGCAACAGCAGCAGCAUCAACACCAGCAGCAGCAACAUCAUCUCCAACAACAACAACAACAGCAGCAACACCAUCACCACCACCACCAUCUCCUUCUGCAUCCUCUCACCGCAGCCCACGCCGUCCGCCAUUCUGAAUCAAUGGUUAAUGCGGCACAAUACAACGCCGCGUCGGUGGCGGCGGCGGCGGCAGCAGCUGCUGCGGCGGCUGUAGCGGCAGCGGCUGCCGCAGCCACUGGGGUCGGCGUCAACGGCAGCGGUGGUUCAUCAUCAGCGGCACACAACGUUAUUUUUAAUGGUGGAAGCAAACCGAAGCGGCGACGCAUACCGACGGUGGCACAGAGGCGUGCCGCCAACAUCCGUGAACGGCGUCGGAUGUUUAAUUUGAACGAAGCAUUUGAUACAUUGCGAAAGCGAGUGCCAACGUUCGCCUACGAGAAGAGGUUGUCCCGUAUUGAGACUCUGCGUUUGGCCAUUACAUACAUCUCUUUCAUGACCGAUGUUGUCACUGACAAGGAGUCAGCUGGUGGCACAAAGGUCCGGAGUGUAAAAACUUUGAGCUGGGAGAAUUUACAGACAAUCGCUUCGGAUUUCCAUCAUUUACACGGCAAAGGUUAGACUGCAUGAUGACGGAUAUAUGCAUAAAAUCGAAUAAAAAUAGUCCUGUGGGCGUUGUACCGCUAAUCAUUUCAUAAACGCAUGUUCCCGAUGGCAGACACAUACGUAUACGUUCAAACUCGCAUACGGAAGCUAGAUGUAAAUACACAGUGAUUAGAUUCUUACUACUCCAAGGGUAUUUGUAAUUUUCUGUGUUUGCAUUUUCACCUCACAAGAAACGGAGAUAAAUGACACUCACACGUCACAUUCGUUAGGCAGACAUUGGUAAGGUGUGAUACCUGCCAAUUUGCGUCGUCAGUGAAAGAAGCGUCUCGCAUGGAAUAAAUCAUACUUUCGAGUAGGUGCAUACAUACAGUGCACAAACAUGACCAUACAUAUGUAUGCAUGUAUCUUUAUGAGUACAUACAUAUGUAUAUUUAAGAAGAUGGAAUCAACAGGUUUUAUUACAAAUUAGUACAGUUGUUUCGACGCAUCAAUAUCAACUGGUAAUUACCGGAAAUUACAAAUAAUAAACACAUUAUUGCAUUAGUAUCAUCCAACAAUAACUGUAUACAUGCACGUCUUCAGGUGAGUAGAGUAAAUAGAUAUAUGUGCACACACACACACACACACACACAUAUAUAAGUACUAUUAUUACAGUCGCAUUUCGCUGUUGGCUGCGAAUGAAUCUGCGAUGUUUCUGCAUUCCUCAAACUAAGUAAAUUGUUGUUAAAAAACUGAAAAGGACUCAGCUUUGAGGGGCCUAACAAACUUUUGCAUCAUUGCACUUCGAGGACACAAUUUUUGUGUAUAUAUAAAGACACAGACAUACAUCCAUGCACGCAAUGUUUAUUGUAAAAGACUUACAACAAUCGUUAUAUAUUUACACACACACACACAUACACACACACACACACACACACACACACACGCACACAUACACACACACACACACACACGUUUUGUGUGUGUCUGUGUGUUAAGACGGUGAGUUGGCAUAACCGCUAGCACGCCGGCCAAAAUGCUCAGCGGCAUUUCGUCUGUUUUUACAUUCUGAGAUCAAAUUCUGACGAUGUCGAUCCUUUCGGGAUCGAUAAAAUAAAAACCGCAGCCAAAUAAUGGUGAUCGAUCUAAUCGACUUCCCUUGCCCUCAAUAACUGAUGACCUUUAGCCAAAAAUACGAAGUCAUUAAAACACACACAUAUACAUAAGGAAUUUUUGGCGGCUCUUCAGCGUUUAACAUAUAGGGUGUAUAGCUUGUGUGUUGCAGAAUGUACUUUUGAAGGAAUUAUCUCUGACAGAAAUCCCGUGACUGAAGAAUAUCUUGGUGGAAGAAAAACUAGACAGAAUAAGAAAUAAAGAGAAACAGCAGACGUUUUGUUAAGCGUCAUUCUUUUCUUUAACAAUGAGUAUAUAAUACAUAAGUUUUUUGUAUCUUUAACUCUGUUCGUCUGCCAUCUUUUUCUUUCAAUGUCUGUUUUCAUUUGGAAUAUUUAAAAACUCAUAUUAUACAGUUA